UAUAAAAAGGAAAGAGCAAUUUUGCCUUUGGACACUCUAUGGUUCUGUCUCUAUUGAAACCAUGGAAAUCUUUAAUACUAUCUUUAUCUUCUUCACGCUUACUAUCUCUUUCAGGGGUGUAAUAUUACAGGUUGAAGCUGCCCAGCAAGCUCUGGUCUGCCUCGCCCCGACAACCAGCCGAUGCCGCGGGAAGGUGAUCUGGUGCCCGAGCCAGUGCCCCAGCACAACCUCCACCGACACUAAGGCUAAAGUCUGUUAUCUCAACUGCAAAUCCCCCUCCUGCAAAGCUGAAUGCCAGCAUCGUGUUCCGAACUGCAAUGGCCUGGGAUCAGCCUGCUAUGACCCCCGAUUUGUAGGUGGAGACGGCAGUGUCUUUUACUUCCAUGGCAAGAGCAACGAGCACUUCAGCUUAGUCUCCGAUCGCUCCAUCCAAAUCAAUGCUCGGUUCAUCGGGCAUAGACCGCCUGGUCGCCCCCGUGAUUUUACGUGGAUUCAAGCACUAGGAGUUCUCUUUAACUCUCAGUCUUUCUCUGUAGAAGCCAUAAGGUCGGCGACAUGGGAUAACGAAACGGAUCACUUGAAGUUCACUCAUGAUAGGACCGAACUAGCCCUGCCCGAAGUUCCACUCUCUUCAUGGAUGUCUCCGGGAGGCGACAUAAAGGUUGAGAGAAUUUCGAGGAGGAAUAGUGUGAUCUUGACGCUCAAAAGCAUGGCAGAAAUUAUCAUCAAAGUGGUUCCCGUGACAAAAGAAGAUGAUCGAAUUCACAGCUAUCAGAUACCGUCUGGCAAUUGCUUUGUCCACCUGGAGGUGCAGUUUCGGUUCUUCGGCCUGUCCCCUAUGGUCGAGGGAGUACUCGGCCGCACAUACCGGCCCGACUUUGAGAGUCCUGCUAAGCCUGGUCAGAGAGUGCCGGUCCUGGGAGGGGAAGACAAGUACCGAACAACUUCGCUUUUCUCUGCGGAUUGUGCGUUUUGCAGGUUUUCCCCUGACAGCUUCUUCACCCAGUUGGAGACGUCAUUUUGGCGGACUUCGGUUCUUUAGAUUGCGCCAAUGGGGCUGCUGGCGGACAUGGCAGGCAUGGCAUACUUUGUAAGAGAUAAAAGUAAAAGUAGGAUAAUUGUCUGGUAAUCGGAUUCAUUACUGUAAGAAUAAUAAAAUGAGCUUUACCAAUGAAAUAAAAUCAGCACUCUCCCUUUACUA